AUGAGACUCACAGCAGAACUCAUAUUGAAAUCACCAGAUUAUAUAAACCCAUGUAAGGAUAGAGAAUUAAAUUUAAGAGGUAAUAAAAUUUCAAGUAUUGAAAAUUUAGGUGCUACCAAGAACCAAUUUGAUACAAUUGAUUUUUCAGAUAAUGAAAUUAGCAAAGUUGAAAAUUUUCCAAAAUUAGAAAGAGUGAAAACUUUAUUAUUUAAUAAUAAUCAUAUUAAAAGUUUUGAAGAAGAUUUUGGAAGUAGUCUUCCUCAUUUAAGAGCAUUGAUUCUUAGUAAUAAUAGAAUAAAUAAUUUAUCAGAUCUCGAACCAUUAACAAAAUUAUCAGAAAUCAAGUUUAUUAGUUUACUUGAAAAUCCAGUUUCAAAGAAACCAAAUUAUCGUUUAUAUUUAAUACAUUUAGUACCUCAUUUAAAAAUUAUAGAUUUUAGAAAAGUUAAGAAAAUAGAAAGGGAAGAAUCAAAAAAAUUAUUUGGUCAAUCAAAAUUAAUUUUGGAAAAAUAUAGUACAGAUAAAAAUAAAGAUAAAUCAAAGACAUUUGAACCUGGUGAAGGUGUGAAUAAUAAUAGUAGUAAUAAUAAUAAUAAUAAUAACAAAAUAUCCUCAACUCCAGUUAAGAAACUCACUGAAGAAGAAAAGAAAUCGAUUAGAUUACAAAUUGAUAAUGCGAAAACUAUGGAAGAAAUUAAUAUUUUAGAAGCUAAAUUAAGAACUGGUGACAUCUAA